CUGCCACCUGUGUGUGUAGUGAGACAAAUGCCAGUAUCUGUUCUGAUAUGUUCCUGUGAUAAGGACCAAGCCAGGUGUCCCCACCUGGUAUCCUUAGCUGCCAGGGCCCGCAUUCACUGACAAAGGCUGUCCCUGUAAUCUUCUUCCCUCCUGUGUUAGACAUCUGGGUCUGCAAAUCACCCGCACUUUCCAUUACACACAAUAAUGGUGGGAAAUCAUGUGUGGGAAAUUAACAUGGCAUUUGUAGCAGCUGGUGGCUGCUGCCAACUGCCUCCUGGGGGCACAGAGACCCUUUGUAAGAGCUGCUCUAUCUGAGGAGGUUGCCUGGCCAUAGGGAUUAUCUAAGGAAAGUGCUGAGGAUAGAAAAUGUACUUUUCUAUGUGAACUACAGAUCCCAGAAUCUCUUAUCCAGCAUGAGCACUAGAAAAUUCCAUGUUGCUGGGAACAUGUUUUCUGCCCUUCCUCUGGAGCAUCUGCUAGCUUCCAUGUACCCAGGCUCGCUGUGGUACGGAAAAGAAAUUGUGACCCAUCUUUUAAAUUAAGGGCCACUGUUUGCUGUAGCCACUUUGGGUUCCAAUUUCAGGAGAAAAGAAGAAUUAAAAUUAAUAUAAUAAAUAAAUAUGAUGCUGCUGCUUCUGUGUUUUGUGUCUUCUCCCCACCAGCUUUCACAAGCCCCAUGGGCAAUGGGCAGUGGUUCCCAGAUGAAAAGCUUUGGCUAUGAUUCCCAGUAUUAUCAUUGUGUGUUGUAAAUCCACAACAUGCAUGAAUGGUGGUCAUUAUUAUUUGGGGGCAGUAACUUUUCAGGAAAAUGAAUACAUACAUGAAUUUCUAAAAUAAACAAACGGCAAACCUCUGAACAAAUCUUGUCAAGAAAACCCCAUGAUAAGUUUGCCUUAGGGCUGCUAUAAGUAGGACUUGAAGGCACACCACAACAACAAACAAAUGACAUGAAAACACAACUUGUUGUUACAAAUGUUUGCUAGUUUUAAGCCACCAGGAAUAACCAACCCAAUUAACAAGCAUGUUUGAGAGGGGACUGAUGAGUAAUUUAACGCCCAGUGAAAAGAUACACUUUUUACUGGGUACGUUUGAGCUAGCGCAGGAUGGAAAAUAUGAGGACAUUCAGGUCUUUUUGGAAUGAAAUUUCCAUCAGCUCCAGCCAGCAUGGCAAAUGGUGAGGGAUGAUGGAAAUUGUAGUGGAGCAAAUAUCUGGAGAGCUGUAUGUUCCUCAUACCUAGACUAGUCUCAUCUUUUCAAAGUUGACAGUGUAGAAAACUUUUAGAUACAUGGACAAUAUACAUACUCCACACACCUGUAACAGUUUUAUACAACAUUCACUGUCCUGGUUGAAUUCUAUGGAAUCCUGGGAUUUGUAGUCUGGUAAGACCAUUGGAUUUCCUGUUAGAUACCUCUUCUGUUUUAGUUUGGAUUUGUGCACUUGACCUCUCUAGCAAAGAAUUCUAUACACCUCACCAAACCAUAAAUCUCUGGACUCUGAAGGAUGCAACCAUGGCUGCUAUGAGUGCCACCUAAUGGACUGUAGAUACAGUCCAUUAGGUACCUGAAGCUUUGUUCAUAGCCUGAAACAUUUACUUAUUUGGACCACAACUCCCAGAAUCCUUCUGCCAGCCUGGUCCUGCUGCAGGGUGAUUCUGGGAGUUGUAAUACAAAACAGUAACUUUCUGAAGCUCCGGUUUUGUUGCCAACUGAAAGGUUACAAAAUGAAUUGAUGCACAAAAUGCUAUGCCAUAAAAUUUCGCACCACCUUGGCAUUUAUAUUUCUUGUAGACAGUAGUUGCAUUUCUGUCCCAAGUUUUUUCUGCUGAGCUUAAUGUGUCUCAUGCAUUUUUCCUUAAAAGUAACUCUGUGGGGGAGGUUAAGGCUGAUGGCGUGUCUCCUUGGCUCAGGUGAGCUUCAUGGAAAAAUUGAGAUGUGAAUCUGGGCUUAUUUUCCAUCUAUUUCAGAUGUUCAUUCAGGCCACCCACAGGUGGCACCUGCCUCUCCUGGAAAUUAAGAGGAAGCAUGUACUUUAUGCCAUGGGAACAUUGCCUGGAGUCACCUGGGUAUAGAAGGGGAAGGAGGGAUACUGGAAACUGCCACCUUCUGCUGUGAGAAAUUUGAUUCAGGCUUCCUUAGCGGUUUUAUGAUCCAUGCAAAUAAAUGAUAAGAUGCAGUGCCCAGGACCUGCCCCACUGCAUAGAGCUUUUCCAGCUAUAAGACAGCAGGGCUUGGGUGGCUUUCUUGGAUUUCAAAGAUCUGCCAACAGCUUGAGUGCAAGGAUCAAGAGGGUUCUUGGAAACUGGUGUACAAACUGAUGGGAGGGAAGAUCUCUUAGGUGCUCAGCGAGGAUGCUGAAAAAUCUGUAGAACAUCUCAAAGGGCAAAUAACAGACAUGACAAGCAAGGCUGCACUUCUGAUUAUCAUCGCUCUGCAUUGGCUCAUAACAUAUAAACGCAGCGGUGGUGAUGUUGCCCUUGCUGAAGCUUCAGUCAUCCCAGUGGGAGAUCCUAAUAUAGCAGUUGGGAAAAUAUCAUCCCAGUCCAGCACAUAUGAAGAAAAGGGGAUAUCCAUAAAGGCCAUAGAUGGGUCUCUGGCGAACAGUUAUGUUAAUGGAGACUGCACUCUGACGAAGAAAGAUUUUGAGCCCUGGUGGAUGGUAGAUUUGAUUUCAGCAUUUCAAGUAUCUGCCGUUGUGAUCACUAACAGAGGAGACUGCUGCGAGUCACGGAUAACAGGAGCUGAAAUUCUGAUUGGAGAUUUGCCAGAGAAGGGAGGCACAAUGAAUCCCAGGUGUGCUAUCAUCACCAACAUGGGGCGCGGGCAAACAAUGUCCUUCAACUGUGCUGGGAUGCAAGGGCAGUACGUGACCAUUACAAUUCCUGGGAGAAAUGAGUUCCUCUCUCUCUGUGAAGUCCAAGUGCUUGCACAUCCAUGGCUUCACAUCGUUCAUGAUGGAGGGCGGAGUCCAGUCAGAGACAGCGAAACAGAUUUAGGUCUUCAAGGACGAGCUCUGAGUUUUCUCAAUCAAUCAAAGAGCAGUUUUGUGGUUAUAUCUCCAAUGCAGCCUUUCAAUCUGAUGGAGUUUACACUGUGUAUGCGAAUUGUAGUUGGAGAUUUGGGUGAACGCAAAGUUAUUCUCUUCUCUUACCACUCUCAAAAUGAUGAACUGAGGAUCUUCCGUGAAGCAAAGGGCCUCUUUGGCUUACACAUGGGGGGUCAGAGUGUGGUGUUUGCCCUUCCUGAUCUCAGCACUUUGGGAAGUCAUGUAUGUGUGGCUUGGGCAUCUGAGUUGGGCCUCACAGCCUUUUGGAUGAAUGGGAAAAGGAGCAUUCGAAAGAUUUACAAUGUGGGGCAUGUUCUUCAGUCAGGAGGCACUGCCAUGCUUGGCCAGGAUCAGGGAGUGAAAAGUAUGGCUGAACAGGAGGAGCGACGAUUUGUGGGUGAAAUUACAGAUCUUUACAUGUGGGAUUAUGUACUAAAAUCUCAUGAUGUGCAGAAUGUAUUCCAGGUCCAUCAGUUUCCAAGGGGAAACAUUUUUGACUGGAAUAUUUUAUCCUACAAAAUUACUGGGAGUGUGAAGGUACUGUCUAAGGACUAAUGAUAACUAAAGAGCUUAUGGGUCUCAGCAAACAUGGAGACAUGCAAAGCAAGCAAACAAGCAAGCAAAGCAAGCUAUUGACAAGCAGUCUAAGGGCCUAUUAGAAACAUAGAAUAUUAGAAACAAAUCUGGCAGGAAAGCAGAGAGAAGCAUGUUUCUAUUUCUUACUCUGCACAACUUUGAAGCACUUUUGUUCUCUUUCAGACAUAAAAGCAUGGGAGAGGGUUGUACAAGUGUCCCUUUCACCAAGCUGAGCUGGAAAAUCUGUUUGGCCAAAGGGACAUAUUUACCACCCUCUCUCACACUUUUACAAUCAGAAGAGAAUGAAACUGCUUCUAAGUCAUGCGGAGUCAGAAACAGAAACACGGGCCCCUUUCCCACUGGCCCAUUUACCCUGGAUGGAACUGGGAAGAUCCGGGUCCCCCCGCUCCCGAAUCUCUCGGGAAGCAAGUGCCCACUAUCAUUUACCUUAAUCAGGGUAAUUUACCCCUGAAUGCCAUUGCAGCUCUUUAUGGAGAGUUCACAUUUGCAGGUACCGGUUUAAAAGAAGGCUCCUUUGCUGUCAAUCAAAUUCAGUUCAGCUUUCGUCAAGGGGACAUUUCCUACAGUAAUUGGCCAAUGGAAUGGGUGCUUCUCCCCUCCUUUAAAAAAAAAACAAACUGGCGGCAGUGUGCGCAUAUUCUGUCAAAUUUAAAAGCCUCCAGGUGUGUGUGUGUGUUGUGUGUAGCAAAAGCAUUUACUCUUGUAUCAGUUUGCCAAAUUGAAAAGGAAACAUUUGUUACAUUCGCAUUGUAGCAUUCUAAUAAUAAUAAUAAUAAUAAUAAUAAUAAUAAUAAGCCUCUUGCCAAGUGAGGCUGCCGUUCUGGGAGCAAGCAAAUGGAAGGGAGAUGUAGCACAAGCUGACACAUUCUAUCUAUAUAUAUCACCCUAUAGCAAAAAGCAUUUGCAUAGUCUGUCAAAAAUAAAAAAUAAAGAGAGAGAGAGAAAACUGCCUGGUGCGAGAGGGAGGCUUGUUUCGUUCUUUGCCC